GGAGGAGGGACAGGAAAAGGAGGGCGAAGGCGGCCUUUGGGCUGAGCGCUCCGCUGUGCUCCCCGGGCCGGCCGCUGUCCUCCCCUCCUCGGCUUUUGGUUUCGCCCAUCCGCCUCUCUCUCUCUCCCCCCCCCCCUCCCUGCCAUGUUGGAUUGCGCGGCCGGCGCCAGGGAGAAGUUGGAAGUUUAGAGCUCGCCGGGCAAGAAGGAGCAGCCGAAGAGGGAGCGCUCCCUUCCGCCGGGGCCUACCGGGAGCGGCCUAGUCAGCCAGCCAGCCCCUUCCCGCCCCCAUGCUGCUGCUGCGGCGGCGGCUGUGAGCCAGGCUGCUCCGCCGCACUCGGACGCCGGGCCCGAGUCACCCAAGAGGAGCGGCGGGGGGAAGGCGACGAUGAGCAACAACCAGCAGCAGCCCCCGCCGCCGCGGCGGGUCACCAACGUGGGCUCCCUGCUGCUCACCCCGCAAGAGAACGAGAGCCUCUUCGGCUUCCUGGGCAAGAAAUGCGUGACCAUGUGCUCUGCAGUAAUUCAGAUUUAUGCAGCAGAUCGCAAUGCUAUGUGGUCAAAGAAGUGCUGUGGCGUAGCCUGCCUUGUGAAAGACAAUCCACAAAGGUCUUAUUUUAUCAGAAUAUAUGAUAUCAAGGAUGGAAAACAAUUAUGGGAACAAGAACUCUAUAAUAAUUUUGUAUAUAAUAGUCCUAGAGCGUAUUUUCAUACCUUUGCUGGAGAUACAUGUCAGGUGGGUCUUAAUUUUGCUAAUGAAGAAGAAGCUAAAAAAUUCCAGAAGACAAUAACAGACUUACUUGGACGGCGCCAACGAAAAUCUGAGAAAAGGAGAGAUCUACCAAAUGGUCCAAGUCUACCAAUGGCAACUGUUGACAUCAAAAACCCAGAAAUCACCACCAAUAGAUUUUAUGGUUCCCAAGUCAAUAAUAUCCCCUAUACCAAAGAGAAGAAAAAAGGAAAAGCAAAAAAGAAGAGACUGACAAAGGCAGAUAUUGGGACUCCUAGCAACUUUCAGCAUAUUGGGCAUGUAGGCUGGGACCCAAAUACAGGUUUUGAUGUUAACAACUUAGAUCCAGAGCUGAAAAAACUGUUUGAUAUGUGUGGAAUUUCAGAGGCUCAGCUGAAAGACAAAGAAACGUCCAAGGUUAUAUAUGAUUUUAUUGAAAAAACAGGCGGAGUAGAAGCUGUUAAAAAUGAGUUACGCAGACAAGGUCCACCACGUUGGAGUGCUCCACCUCCGCCUCCACCAUCUAGGGGAGGUCCACCUCCCCCCCCACCCCCACAUAGCUCAGGGCCACCACCUCCUCCUGCUAGGGGAAGAGGAGCUCCUCCACCCCCUCCAUCGAGAGCUCCUACAGCAGCACCACCACCUCCGCCACCUUCUAGACCUGGUGCUGCAAUGCCACCUCCUCCACCUAAUAGGAUGUAUCCUCCUCCCCCACCAGUUCAUUCUUCCUCUGCACCCCCAGGCCCACCUCCACCCCCUCCACCCCCAUCGGGUGGUUCAUGUGUGCCUCCACCCCCUCCGCCACCCCCGCCACCUCCUGGACCGCCUCCACCACCUGGGCUUCCAACAGAGGUUGACCAUCAGCUUCCAGUUCCUUCAGGAAACAAAGCUGCUCUCUUAGAUCAAAUCCGAGAAGGUGCACAAUUAAAGAAAGUGGAACAGAACAGUCGGCCAGUCUCCUGCUCAGGAAGAGAUGCACUGCUUGAUCAGAUACGGCAGGGUAUACAGCUGAAGUCUGUAUCUGAUGGCCAAGAGACUGCAACUCCCACGCCUGCACCCACCUCAGGUAUCGUGGGAGCAUUAAUGGAAGUUAUGCAGAAAAGGAGCAAAGCCAUUCAUUCUUCAGAUGAAGAUGAGGAUGAAGAAGAUGAAGAAGACUUUGAGGAUGACGACGAAUGGGAUGACUGAUUCAAUAUAUUAUAUAUCGUAUAAAUAUAUAUAUUUUUAAGGUGAAUUACUAAACUACUUUCUGUCUAUGGAUUCUGUAAAAUUAUCAUGUAAAUGUUCUACCAAUUUGCUGUAUAUUUUUGUUGCCUUUUGCUUUUUUUAUUAAUCUGUGCAAUACCUCAUUUAAUCUGUAAAGGUUUGUCAUAAUCCUCUACAAAAAGCUACUCCCGAUUUAAUGUGUGCCAGUUUACAUCAGGUUGCUCAGCGUACAUGCGAAUCCUUUCCAUUCCAUCAAUAAGGGAGUUUUAAUGUAAUGUGUGAGACUGACAAACAUUUUAAAUGUAUUUAGUUACAAUGCAAGAAGGAAAAAAAACAAAACAAAACACUAUUUUCAUACCCUACUUUUCUGUACUUAAAUUUUCUUAUUAAAACCUAGUAUAGCGCUACAUUAUUUAAGUGGUGCAGCUCCUGGUUGAUUAGCCGUCUUGGAAACCAUGCUAUGUGAAUGAGGCUGAGCAGUGGUCUUCAUAACACUACACUUUAGCGUUAAGCUAUACAUCAAACAAUCACUAGAAAACGAUUUCCCCCUGAUUCUGUAGCAGUGCCAUUGGGAAAGCUUUUGAAACCUCGAAUGCCAAGUCCCAGCCGAGGUCACAGAGCGCAACAUCUUUGAUGUAUGCUACCUUUGUGAUUUAUUAUUAUUAAUUUUUUUUUUGCCUGCUACCUUUUACAAUGAAGAGGGGGUUUACCCUGAGGGCAUCUGCUGCAGUCGUUUAUUUAUUUUUAUAUAAUCUUUUUUACCGAAGGGCUGUGGUUUAAUAUUUGCUUGGGUUUAACAUUGGGGUUUAAAUCCGUUUUUUUUAAAAGCCUGUAGGACGUUGAUGAACUAAUAAAUGAACUUAAAGCACUGUAACUCUGCAGUCUUGAUGGCUUAUGGUACAAACCAAGGCACUUAAAAGGCACCAGCUCCUGCAUCUGAAAAUGGAGAGCGGUGACAUGAGGAUGGAUGCCUUAAUGUAAAACAUCUGCUUCUCUCGAUUCUGACAAGAGACCCUAAUGUGAUGGAAGCAAUGGUGGAAGGAGACACUUGAGCUCCUCACUGAUUUUUUUUGUACAUCAAGCCCCUUAACCUCCUUCAGCCUCUAGUUUCUGUGUGUUUGGGCCAGAUAGUUGAGUUUGGUUGAGCUCUUAGUACAUCAGCGCACUAGUGCUGCUGCUGCUGCAGCCCAGUUCUAUAUUCCUUACAAGCUUUCCUACAAAUUAUGGGUUGUUAUAGGUCAACAUUGUCCUGUUUCCUCUCUUCUCUUUUAGACAUCCAGAAGAGAGUGGGUAGAGAACCAGCCAGCUUCUUGGCUUUUAAAGAAGCUUGGGGAAUCUCUUUAUUUAAAAAAAGAAAACAUGCGAAAGCUUACUGUUACAGAGCUACUGCUUUCUUUUCUAUGUACUGAACUUGCUCCUUGCGGUAUCGAUUGUCUUUUGUGUUCUUAAGAAUUUAAUAUCAAGGGUUUGUGAUCUUCAAAGACGGAGGCCCUGUGCUUGGAACUAGCAUUCCAGUUCAUCCUGGAGAAAAAUCAGUUCUCAUCUUAAUUUUUUUUAUCCUUGCUAACAGAUUUUUUUUUUCCUCUUUACACACAGUAAUGUGUUUUCAGGAUAGGCAUUGUCAAUACUGCUUCUACUCGCUGGGGGAAAAAAUUAGGUAGGAGAGAUUAGAAAUCUCACUUUUCUCACUAAUGCAGAGUGCUUCGAGUCAGACUUAUUUGCAGUGCAAACCGAGACAUGCUUUCUUUCUCCCCUCUUUAUUCUCGUCGCGAUACGUCGGACAGAAUUGUAUUUACUGAAACCCAGCGUUGCCCUGUUCUCAGCAGGCAGGACCUGCAUGACAUGGCUUGGAUUUCUAGUGCAGUUUAUAACUUGUGUCUAGCAGUAGCUUUUAAAAAAAAAACUUCAUAGAGAGAAAAGGGGAUGGAAAAGGUUGCGGAUGGGAAGGAGGUGCCGUAAAGCUGACGCUAAAUUAUUCAGAGGAAUAACUUUUAAGCACAUGACUUGGGAGAAGAGAUCUCUUUCCCCCAGGUAUCCUCCUCCUUCCCCUCCGCCUUGCAGUUGCAUUCACAGCACUGCCUGCUGCUGGGAAAGACUUUUUAACUAGCAGUGCUGCCAGUGCAGCUCGACGACUGUGACUGGUGUGGCUGAGGCCUGAGUAAAUGCUACUUUGUCGGGUUAAGAAUGUGUGCACAUGGGAAGGGGGGGUGUUAAAUGGCCUUCAGUGCAAGCUUCUCUUUUUUUGUAUCGUGUCUUUGUAGUUCCGAUACCACGAAGGGCAUUUUAAAGCGGGCCCUGCUCAGGUGGCCUCCAAAGACGUUACUUAUUAACGUGAAUUAAGCACAUGCUUCCAAACUAGAGAAAAGCGAGCUUGGGAUAGGUUUGAUGUUGUACGUCUGAUAGUUGGGAUGCUUGUGUAAUCCACGAAUCACUUGCCAAACAGGCUUCUGACGCUUUUUUUUUUUGUUUAUACAAGGCGUGUCCAUGCUGUUGCACAAAAGUUCAAAUGUUUUCGCUUUCAGUAGCAUAUCGUAUGGUUUUGUUAAGUUGAGGCAUGACUGCAGUUAGGAGUUCAGCUAAAUUAUUGUCGCCGCUGCAUGUUUCUGCACUCCCCGCUUUCUGGCGUAGGCAGGGGACUUUCAUGGCAUUAAAUCACUACUGCUAACUGUUGUAACAAAGCCGGUUGAAUUGACAGUCCAAGGAGCCUUGGCAAAAUCCACAAACGAACUCAAGGCUUGUAUCUUGGCACUAUGCAUAGACAAUAUCUGCUAGCCGCUUAUACUCUGAAAAUGUCUCAAUCGUUCAGUUGGGUUUUUUUUCCCCCAUUUCAUCAAAUUGAAAGUAUUGGUAUGUAAUUUUUUUUUCUUUUUCUUUUUCUUUUUUGAAAUGUACAGUGAAUAGGAUGUUGCACUGGUGGCAAUUCAUCAUGGAGCAUAAUAAAAUUAAUUUGACUCAGUA